CGACAAUUCCUGUAUAGGUCAGUGCAAGUGUUUAUUCCUCUCCUUUCUGUGUCAGCCAAAUCCAAUACACAAAUGAAUUGUUCGAAAAAUUUAAAGGGUCUAAACAUUCACGUAUACUUGAGCACAUGAAUAUGCUUUUAGAACAUAACAGGGAUUCAAAAUUGAUCUUCCAGAUAUGUAUUUUCCGACAAUGAUAUGAAAGUUUGGGUUACUGCAAGAAACGGUGGAUUUUAUUUUCCUCUACCAACGUCAACUUUUGAUUAUAUAUGUACAUUGGCUGAUUUACACUAAUCUCAGUGAUGAACUAUUCAAAUGACUGAAUAUAAGUUCUUUAACAUAUUGAAAUUUUAUCACCGGGGUUCAUGACGUAAAUGGACUGAGUUUAAGUGAAUUUUUCAUUUAUACUGGAUUUGUUAAUGUUUCUCAUCUUCACUUGUUUAAAAAAUGGAAUCUUGCUGAAAUGAAAUAUUAGCGGUGUACAACUUGUAACGCUCUCGAGACUAUUUUUAAUGAUUUUUUUAAACAAUUCCACAAAUGCACUUUGAUGAAACUUCCCUCACAACUGGAUACCAGCUGACGACCACUUUUACCAGAAGUCAGGGAUUUCCUUGCACGGUUUACCCGGAUUAAGGUGCACAGGUUUGAUCCCCGUCUACUGUUUACUUUUGGAUCUAAGUCGACAGCCUUUUUCAAUGACAACAAAGCCAAAUGAAUACCUAGGGACGUAAUGAAAAAAAACAAUACUCAGUUUUGCUGUCCAAAUGGAAUAUCUAUAUUUUUACCAUUCUAUCUGUUGACCUCCCGGAGGAAGUAAACGUCUGUGAUGACUGACGUGCUACCACAGCUCGCUAACCAGCCCAAGUUCUUCACUAACCAGCCCAAGUUCUUCACUAACCAGCCUAAAUCUCUGUCCUUUGAUGAGAGGAAGCUGACUACAUACCCAAAGUCAUUCCUUACUGAGACCGAAGUUCCUUCCAUUGGUUUACAGCCAACUUUUACAACUUUCUUACCCAAUCUACAGUCUGAAGGAUACACGCUGACCUCAUAUGCUUCCUAUAUCGACGACCCUAGAAAACUCGUGGUACAUUAUGUAUCAACUCCAGCUUCUAUUCGAGUUUCACUUAAUGCCAAUACGAAUCUCACCAAUGCAACGUCAGUGGCUCCCUCUAAGAUAAACAGACCUCGUACAGCUGCUGCAGUUUUAUCUGCCAAAUCAGAGUCCAGCUGUGAUCGUGUGUCCCAGGUAGAGCAUGAACCCACAAGACGACACAAUUUAGAAAACCACAUGCCUGCUAAGCGUAACAAACCACCUCCAUGGCAAAAGAAUCUAGACACUCCUCUCGUGCCCUUUGUCACGGGCCCUGGCUAUAUCCUGUCCAGGAGCAAAUCGAAGUUCGCUGUUACCAUCAAAGAAGAAUUCUUUGAGCCUGUAGCAGAGGAAUCUCAAAAGAGGAAACAAGUACCCACAGAAAGAGUGGAGAAAGAGACACCGAAGGUGUCUGGAAAGGAUAAUAGAUUCCUAGAACAAAUUAUGGAGAGGGAUACAAUCAUUGAGCAAUUACAGCAGCAAAUCUCCGACCUUACAUUAUACUUAGAGGAAGAACGAGUUAACCAUAGACAGACCAAACAGAAGGCAGAGGAAUUUCUAAAAGACAAAAUUGAUGAACUGAACAAUCAACAUAGGGAUGCCAUCAGAGAUUUGCAAGAGGAUCAUAGAGAUGACAUGGAGAAACUCCGCCUCAGUAUCGAAGCAGAUCACCAGGCUUACAAAACUGCAGCAGAGGGACAAAUCUUAAAAAUGAAGAAAGAAAUAGAAUUUCUACAAGGUGCAUUUGAGUCCUAUAAAAGUUCACUCCACCAAGAUAUGGACGACAAGUGGAACAACAGAGAAAAUGAUCUGAAACUCCAACUUCAAGAAGAAAAACAGGCUGCCGUUCAUGAAAUGAAAAUGAAAGUAAUACAGGAGAGGAAUGUAGAAAGGAUAGCAAUGCAGAAAGAUCAUCAGAAAACUAUUGAAAAUCUACGCAAGGAACACAAAAAAGAACUGGAUGCAUUAGUAAGGAAAUUUUCCAAUGCAGCUGCUGAUUUGGAAAGGUUAAAGAAAACAACAGCGGAAUUAAAGGAAACAAAACGUGAUCUAGAGACCAUAACCACUGCUUAUAAUGAAACAUGUCAACAGCUGGCCAAUACGUCCAGAGAACUUGCCGACACAAAAGUAAAACUGAUGUCCUUUGAAGAGCAGUUUGAUGAGAAAGUUCAACAAGUGGAUUCUAAGUAUCAACAAAAGAUUAACGAUCUCAUAACACAAAAUAUUGAAUUGAGACGACUCUAUGUGAAGAAAUGUGGACAGCUGUAUGAAGAAAAAGUGAAUGUGGAAUUGGACAGAGUUAAAAGGGUUCAAUCUGCUAAAGAGGUCAUGCAGUCCAUGCUACAUUCUAAACAAAGAUCCGAUGUGAGUUUUGCUCCUGGGGACCCUGAAUAUGAAGAAGUGAUCCAUAAACCAAAAACUAGACCAGGUAGUGCUCCAUUGACAAAACGUGAAAUGGAAACAGCCCAUUCAUCUGUAGGAAAUACUGAACACUUGUUAGAAAAAGAGGACAUUCCAGAAUUCCCAGACACUGUCCUGCCGGAAGUUAGUAAGGAGAUUGAAGAACUCAAGAAACAAAUUAUGUCUGACAUUAAAGUGCCUACAAAGGAAGAGAUGUUACAAGCGCUGGACAGUGCUAGAUAGGAAAUUAAAACCAAAAUGAUGAAAUUCAGAGAGGGAAUGUGUUUAUGUAUUCCUAGUACUUAAUAUUUAAAACAGAAACCACCAAUCUUUUGGGUUUGAAUAAAUAUGUUUUUUAAGAGAAAUUUCUAUUCAUUCUAAUAAUUAUUAUUUUCAUUUUUAUGAAUAGAUUUAUUUUUGUUUAUUAGGAAUAAUCUACACAUUCAUUGUCUGUGUAAUUAAAUUUGUAUUUAAUUUAUUUACAACUUUUUACAUUAUUACAUACAUGUGUAUAACAAUAUUAAGUGAGAGUUCCAGUCUAUUUUGACUCCUAAUUUUUAUGUAUCUUGUACUUUGACUGUGAUAAGUUGAGAUGUAUGAUAUUUGUUAGGUAUUAUCAUAUUAGGUAUAAUUUUGUAUUGUUUGGGCUAGUUCAUUUCAAAGUUACUUUUACCAUUAAAAAAAAUUGAGAUAGUAUAUAUCACCAACAAUGAAUUAUUUAUGAAGAAAAGGGGAAUUAAAAUAUCAGAAAUAGAUCUGGGUUGUUUUAUCUAUCCCAUUUUUUAAAAAUAAAAUAUAAAAUUAA